AUGGAAUAGAUCCAAACCAUGAGUAGUAUCCUUCCAUCAGGCUACUAGCAACCAAUAAACUACAACUGCUACCAGGCAUAGUCUUUCUAACAACAAGCUCAGCAACCAAUCCAGCAAACCUAAGUUGAAAUUGAUGCCUUUUGCAAUUUUAAAGCUCUUCUAUUUGCCUACUAGAACGCAUAAUCUCCUAUUGACUAAAAUUCAGUGAGUUUACAGAUCAUUAAUUUCCUUCAAGCAAUUCCUAACCAAGUUCAAAUUCUUUAUCAAUCUCUAAUGAAAGCAGAUAACUCUUAGCUAAUCUGCUUGUGUUGCUAACUUCUCACCUAAUCCUUCAAUACAGUCACCUAUUUAGACUUUAACAGAUAAUGCUAAGAUAUUUCUACAGAUGCAGCAAAGCAUGGAGUAAAGGGCUUAUUUGAACAUCUACUCUAAAUUUCGUUUUAAAGUGAUAAUCUUUAAAACUCAACAAAAGAAUUCGAUGUUAUUCACAGAACUAUGGUAAAGUUUGCUAUUAACUUUUGGAUAGAAAAUCAGUGCUUCUAGACCUAUAUUUAGCAAAUUAAAAGUGAAUUUUAGAAUUUAUCUGGCCAGAAUUAGACUGAUCAAGAAGUAAUUAGGAAAAGAUAAACUAUACUCAAGAUUUUUAAGACUUUUCUUGAGGAACUAAAGCUCAUAACCGUGUUUGAGAAUAGCAUUUCUGAAUUCCAAAGUGAAGAAUUAACUGAUUUAUCUUAGAGGAAUUACUAAACAGUAUUACUAUUCAAAUAGACUUCUCUACCUGAUAUUUUUUAUGUACUCUAGGAGUCAUUCAAUUAGUCAAGAGUUGUAAUGUAAUAGAGCGGUGGUUAGAUUCUUAAUGACAAGGAAUUUUUUUAGACCUUCAAGAUAAUAACAAAGAUACUUAGCUACUGCCUUAAAUUGAUUAUUACCCCCAUUAGGAAAUCUAUUAACUAAAUUGCAAUUAAGAUUGAAUCAUUUGACUAAAGCCAGCAAGUUGUUAAGCUUUUUUGCAAUCUAAGCAAUAUUGUUGAAUUAUCUGCUCUUGUUAUCCAAUUAGGCAAUUUAAACAAAGAUGCUGCUGAUAGAUUGUUUCACUUAAUAAAGUUGAUGGUUUUCAGUCUGGAUCAAGCCGACUUAGAAUAAACAGCAGCUUAAUAAUUGGUGCAAGCUAUUGUUCGAAUGCUAGAGUCUGGUGUUAUUUAGAGACAUGAUGUGCUUAAGCUGCUUUCUAGAAUUGACAUUCAUUUACCUUUAAUAAAGUUAGACUAGCAAUCUGCACUUCAAUGGUUGAAAUUACUUUGUCAUCACACAUAGUUUAAUAAAGAUGAUAUUCUCAAUGCUUAUCUCAACAGUAUAGAGACUUGGUAAAGUAUAAUAAGGACUCUAGAAAAAGUGGAUACAUAGGAGACAGACUUCAUUAGACUCUAGCUUUUCACAUAGUUCCAAAUUGUCUAAUAAAAUAUACUCGAUGGUCUUGAAACCAAUACAGCCAUUUUCUAACUUGAUUCUUUGGAGGAAAUAUUGAAUCAGCCUUCUCAUCUAAAGAUCAUUAUCAAAUCAAUUAUUGAGAUUAACUUAUGCUCAGCUAAAUUGGUUUUUGAUUACUUACAAGCUCAGUUGCAAAGUUUGAAGAAUAAAUAAAAUUAAGGAGUCCUUACUAACUCGUUGAUAAACUAACUUUCCUGGACUUAUUAAACCUUUGGUAUUUUAUUGGUAGCAAUAGUUGAAAAAUUGGACUCUGCCUGCCACCAAUAACUUUAAAGUGAGAGAGCUUAAACAGCAAUACUUGUUGCAGAUUUAAUAUUGAGAGAGUUCAUUUUUUAUCAAUAACUCGAUUUCAUUCCAUUCCCCUAGUUAACAAAUGAAAGAAUAUCUUCUAGAUUUAGACUAUCCCUCUAAUUUGCUCUAAAGGAGUUUGCUAAAUGCUUAUUAACCUAAAAGAUGAAGUAUUAGCUUCAAGGUGAGUUCAUUUAAAAUCUAGCUCACUAUAUGAAACUUGAUAAUCCUAAUUUUAUCCUUGCUACACUACUUCAGUAUUGCCUUACAAGCAUAAGCAAGAAUGUGGACCUGAUAACUAUCAAGGAUAUCGAAGCAAAUCAUGUUGCCCAACUAAGUUAGGAAUACAAUCUGAAGAUUAUUUAGUAUUUAACCAGUGCAAAACCUUAAUCUAAUAGAGAAAAUUAGUGCUUAACUAUUAGAAAUUUCCAAAUGGAUUAAAGUAUAAUCAUGGAUCUCAUAAACUAUCUGAGCAAUCUAAUUCUUUAGUAAUCUCCUUACCAAGAGUCACCAGAUUUAAAAAUGAGUAUUGUAUUUUAUCAAUACUUAAAGCUAUUAAAUUAAUUGCAAGGAUUUUACUCAGGCAUUUUCAGAGCAGGUCAAUAUAGAUUUCUGAUGAACAAAUUAAUUGAGGAGCUGAGAGAAUCACUGCUGAUAGAAGUUGAAAAUGUGGAAUAAUGGGUGGAAAAGCCUGAUAACUUAAUCUAGUUUAGUAGAAGAAUGCUAAGCUUUCUAAAGGAAACAUCCUCUGAUAGAGACUCAAGAAUACAAUAAGAUAACUCAUUGUAUAUUCAAAAUGUAAACUAUUUGAAUUUCGGGUAUUUGAUGGUUCACAAAUUGAUCAGAGUCUUAGCAAUUAUUAAUCUUGAUUCCCCUUAAUCAAAAGAACAAGGAAUUUCAAUUCUGAGAAAAUCAAUAUAAACUUACAUUAACCUUGGCCAGAACAAUUUUCUCCUUGCUAAGGAUUUAGAAUCCCUCUCACUGCUAAGAGAAAAAAUCAGAGAGCUCUCAAAAGUUAUAUUCGAGGGUCUGAUAAAGCUCGUCAAUCCUACUUAAAUCAUGCAAUAUCCUGAAGUCUUUUAAAAGCUAGUCUAUGGCUUUAUAAGCUAGUAAUUUGAAAGAAAUAUUUAAUCACUUAUUGAAUUGACUUAUGAGAAUUAAGGUUUGUCAGCAUUUAUUAUGAAAGUAGUUCAAAUUGGGCAUAUGUCCACUCUCAAUAGCAUAUUUCAGUUCUCAAACAUUUGUUUAGAACAACUUUACAGCAAGUUUUAAAUGAGAGAAAGAAUCAUAGCAACUUGGAUAAACUAACUGAUUAUUAAGGAGUAAGACUCCUUCAAGUCCUUAGCAAAGUAAAUAUUUCUAGCUAUACUGAGAGGGUCUAAAUCUGGACUUCAAACUAAGAUUGAAAUUUACAACUAUCUUGUGCAAAUAAUGAAUCAGCCUGAGAGCAAGGUAAAGUUAGGUGUGAAAGCCUCCAGAAUAUUUAACCAAAUAUUAAAGCCUAAUUCAGAUUAACCUAAAGCUGCUUAGAAUAUUGCUCAACAGUGA